UGAUAACGCUGGAUCAUGUUUGCCGUUCAAAUACUGAUCAGUCGCAGACACGUACAGUCACUAGUGGGUUAGGCAUCUACUUCCGUAUGACAACCUUUACCGGAAGGAAUUGGUUGGCAUUGGCAGCGUCACGGCCGGGAGGCCUAAGUUUGUUACAGCGGAGCGACUGUAUGAACGAAACUGAAAAGAAAGAAAGAAGUACAGCAGGCGAUAAAGAAAGGUUAGCCUUUAGAAUAAGAGAAGCUACACAAAGGAGCUCGGAGCAAACACACAGAGGAAGCACAGAAAUGACCAGCUCACCAGCUCCUAGAAUGGUUCAUAACUACAAACGGACUUCCAGUCCUCGGUCCCCGACCAACACAGGAGAGCUGUUCACACCGGCACAUGAGGAGAAUGUGCGCUUCAUCCAUGACACCUGGCAGUGUGUUAUGAAAGAAAUCAAGUCCCCUCAAAGCAGUGAGCGGGGUCCUCAGGAGUAUGUGGAGAAGAACCCCAACCCAGCCCUGCAUUCUUUCACACCAGUUGACCUGAGUGACAUUAAGAGACGGAACACACAGGACUCCAAGAAGUCUUAGUUGGCCAUCUCACUUUUCCACCUUUUUCCCCUCCCUUUCCCCUUUUGAACUUUCAACAACCUUCUUCUACCAGCAAACCGCCCAGUCUGACAGUCCCAGGGAAUGAUGCCCCCUUACUCCUUGGCCUUCCAGACUGCUGGCCUGCUACCCUACCCCUCCCUUCAGCACAGUGACUUACCUCCCACUGCUGCUCUGGAAGUUACUCUCUAUUGACCCCCCAUGCAUAACCAUGGCCAUCUUCAGGUCUGCUCUGGCUGACUCCUGACUUUAACCUCAUUACUGUGGAAGCGCAAGUUCAGGGAGGCCAGGAUUACAUUUUUCAGGGCUUUUUUCUUCUCUUGGUUCCUGGUUUUAUAUUCUGGAAAAAGAAAAAAACAGGGAUCACAUUUU